GAAGUUAAACGGUCGCUCAACCAGCCGGAGAAGAGAAAAGAAGAAGAAAAAAAACACACAUAUCCACCGCUACAUCUGAACUAAUGUUAGUGUUUGACAUCGGUCGACAGAGCUGCUGUGUGAUUAAAUGUUUUCUGUGCUGGUGGUCGCUGCUGCUGCUGCUGCUGCUCCUCGCCCUGGAGUCUGCAACACUGAUGACUAAUGUGGUUUCUCAACGCACGCCCGCAUUUCAGUGAAGCUGCCCGUCAAGUUACCACAGUUUAGGCUUCGAGUCGUCAGGAUGACGCGGAUUUUCUGGGAUACAAUUUUUCUCAUAAGCGGUACUUUUAGUAUGUCUGUGGUAUUCAAUGGUUCACUCUUUACAUUUGGAGCUGGGCCGAGCAAUUCGACAAUCAUUGAAGCUCGCAUUUCCAUCGAUACAAACUCCACCGCUGCUCCAAACACCUCCAUGGGCAGCUCUGCAACAACUGGCAGCGCAAGCACCACAACGAUUACAACCACAAGUGAUGUCCCUGUGGUUAAAAAUUCCCUCUUUACAUUUGGAGCAGGGCAGACCGAUUCACAGAUUAUUGACGCUGUCAUUUCCAUCGACACAAAUUCCUCUGCAGCUCCAAACACAUCAACAACCAGCUCUGCAACAACCAGCAGCAGAGGCACCACCGCCACAACUACUGCAACUACGACCACUAGCAUCCCCCCAGUUAAAAAGUUUGUGGCUGCGGCUGUUCGGUCUCAUUUCGAUGACUGUCCAGACUCCCACCGCCAUUUCUGCUUCCAUGGCACAUGCCGCUUCCUGAUAUUAGAGGAGACACCUGCAUGCGUGUGUCAUCCAGGCUUCGUCGGGAUGAGGUGUGAACAUGCCGACCUGCUCGCUGUGGUAGCAACUAAUCACAGACAACAGACCGUCGCCACAGUGCUGGUGUUGUGUGUUAUUGGCUGUGUUCUGAUCAUGGUGUUGUGUACACUUUUACAUUGCUGGUGGAGACAGGACUGUCGCAGGCGGAGACACGCACUGCACUACAUCCCAGAGAAGCACGGAGCAUCCUACUAUCCAUCUGAGAGUGUGGUUUGAGAAGACAUGUUGCUGGAACAUGAGCUGUUUGCAUCAUGGCGUGUUUAGUUUUCCUCAUCUCUCCAGCCUGCAAAACCCUCAGGAUUUCAUCCAAAGUGGUAUUCACAUGUUCUGCUCAAGCAAUCCUGGCCAGAGGUGAAGAAGCGUUAUCUUCAGUGUGGCUGAGGUAGGCCUGCUUGACGUGGGUGGUUAAAUGUUACCUGACUUUUUUUUUUUUUUUUUUUUUUUACACUGACUGGGACCUUUGGGUGGCAGCAACCUAGGGCCAUGUUUUCUUCACUCUUUGAUUCUGUGGAAAUACAUGCAGAACUGCUACUGUCUGUGUGAAGCUCCGAGGAUGAAGCUGCUGCCAAAUCUUAACAUGGGAAGAGCUCCGUGUGUCCUGAUUACUGUUUACGGCUCGCCCAGAGAGUAUAAGAAAUGGUCCACAAGGCCAUUAAUCAUCCGGUGUGGAUGUUGAAUAGGAACGUUUAUUCUGGGCUGCGGGACAACAGUAAUUCACUGACUUUAAGUCAGAAGACCCCAAUUCCUAUUUUUGUCUUUUAAUAUCAUCGCUCACUUUCUUCAGAACUCUUACAAGCACAGAGGACAUUUUUAAGAAAUUAAGGUGGUGGAAACUGAUGCUUUAAAAACAUUUUAGUGUCUUGGUUUUUAAAGAGGGAACUCACUUCACCUGACAGGAGUAGGAAUUGUAACUGGACUGACUGCUAAAGGAUUAAAAACCCUGGACAUACGUGGACUUCCACUAAUAAUCACACAAAAAAAGGAUGCAAUUGAAAAUCGUUCCAAUAUGUUUUUGAUAUGUAUUGAUGGAAAAUAAUCAUUCAGGUGUUAUUUCAAAAUGACUUGAUGACUGAUGAUUGCUACUGAAGCUAAAAUAUCUCUCAGUUUUAUUUCUUAUUCCUGAGCUGUACUUGAACAGAGGUUUUUUUGAUUUGCAAACUAUAACCGUACUGACACAUGCACAUCCUGAAUGGUACUAUUGUAGAAUUACACUUUUCUGCAAGCUUGCUCACUGUUUAUUUAAAAAAAGAACACUGCUCUUACUGUACAAUGUAGUCACUUUGAAAAAGCGUCCACAUAAUGAGAGAUGCCAAAUACACUUGUUUCUAACUUUGCCUGAAUGAGCACCUAUGGGAAGAGGCACAUGGUUUGUACUCAUCCACCUGAGCAUGCAUGCACUUAAAUCGCAGCUUGUAGUUUUUAAAGAGGCAACACAAAAAUACUUUCUUUUUUAAUUCAGGUGUGUUAUAGUAUUGUCUCUGCUUUGAAUUUAAAUCAUUUUAAAGUGAGAAAAGCCUCUGGAGGUUGAUUUAAAACUGAAUAUUUAAGAUUUUCUGGAAAAAACUGGAACAGUAAGUGGUGAGGGAAUACAAAUUUAUCAAAAACUGACAUGGAUAUAAAGUAUGCUUUGAAAAAAAAAAUCCACCAUAAAAUGAAUGUGAUGGUAUUUAUAUGCCAAAAGACUCUGAGGGGAUGAUAUGCUUGUCUUUGUUUACAGUAUGUCAUGAUAUUUACAGUCAGAAUAUCUGUUAAUGUUUAUUAUUACGACAUUGAUAUGUAAAUAUCAAAAACACACAGGAAUAUUCUAUGUAUAUGUAUGUAUGUAUAUAUUGUGUCAAUACAAAAUCAUCUGAAAAGGGCAUCCCAAUGUUGAUUGACCCUUUACUCUGUCAGACUUAUGUUGUCACACUUGGAAAGUGUUAUCUGCAUUUGUUUUCCAAUGAUGAAUUAAAAAUGCAAAUAUG